AUACGUAUAAAAACAAUUGAGCUUCCUUGCAAUCAGUUGUCAGCUCAACUCAACAGAGCAACAAUCACUGCCAUUUUAAAUCAUGUCAAAGAUCACUGCCACCUUUUUCCUCGUGGCCUUUUUGGCCUCCACAACCAACGCCUUGGUCAAACAAUGCCCUGGCUAUGAAGACUCUCAAAUGGUCUUCAUCAACGGAACUGUUCCAGAUGUGAUCUACAUUCCUGGCAGCUUUGAUAUGUCCAUGUUUGUAGUGGUGAAAGAAGAUGGACCGGAAGACCUUUACAUGGGGUUAGAAAUCACCCGGCUGGAUCCUGAUCUGGAAGUACCUUGUGUGGAUGGAAUCGGCUCUUGCCCCUAUGAUUUGUGCCAGAUCAUUGACAAUUUCCCUGCGGAGGCUUGCGCCAUCUUACCUCAAGAUUGCUCGUGUCCCUUGUUGGCGAACAACUUUGACCUGAAGGGUCUGCCUGUCGAAGUGCCUGACUUUGGACCUCUGACCCCUCUCAUGAUUGGAUCUUACGUUGCCAAGGCUGUUUUCUACCCGUUGUCUGAUCCAUCCAACGAAUUAGGAUGCAUCGAGUUUGACUUCACCUUUGCUCAGGCUUGAAAUAUAGUCGAGGUUCGAUGAA